UCAAUAUCAGCAUUUCUUAAAACGAUUCUGGAAAAAGAUGACAAAGACGUGAACGCUAUGCCACUCAGUAUCAAUACUGAUAGCAGAAGAAUAGACGAAAUGAUUGAAGAUAUUGAAAUACAACUUGUUGAAAAGCUGAAAACAAGAAAAUACUCAGUACGGAUGGAUGAAUACAAUUUUAGAGACAGUGAGGCUGUAUUGUGAUAACUUACAUAAGGUAUAUUGAUAAAGGAGAUUUUGCUGAAGAAAUGUUGUUCUGUAAAUCAUUACAAAGCACCAGUAUCGCCAAAGAUAUA